AUGGAUAUUGACAAAUAAUUAGAGAUUUUGAGAAAUGGGAGAUGCAUAAGUGAGCGAGACACUCAUUUGAUUUGUGAAUUGGCUAAGGAAAUUCUGAUAGAGGAGCCCAAUGUUGUUCAAGUGAAAACUCCAGCAAUAGUAUGUGGAGAUGUGCAUGGAUAAUUUUUUGAUUUAUUGGAACUUUUCAAGUGUGGAGGACAAUUACCAGAAAAGAGGUAUGUAUUUAAUGGAGAUUAUGUGAAUCGAGGACAUCAUUCUGUCGAGACCUUCUAAUACUUGUUAUGUUUAAAGAUCAUGUAUCCAAAAGAGAUUAUAUUGCUAAGAGGAAAUCAUGAAUCAGGAGCUAUAACUUAAGUGUAUGGGUUGUAUGAUGAAGUGAAAAGAAAAUUUGGAAAUCCUUAUGUUUGGCAAUACUUUUGUGAAGUAUUUGAUUACUUGCCCUUGUGUGCAUUGAUAGAUCAAAAGGUGUUUUGUGUGCACGGAGGACUGUCUCCAUAAAUAAAUAAUAUCGAUUAGAUUCGAGUCAUAGAUCGAAGAACAGCAAAGGAUCAUGAAGGUCCUAUGAGUGACAUGUUAUGGUCAGAUCCUGAUUAAGAUUUGGAGGGUUGGUUUGUGAAUAACCGUGGGGCUGGAUAUUAAUUUGGGAGGAAAGCAGUUGAUCAAUUUAGUCAUAUUAAUGGAUUAAUUUUGAUUGCAAGAUCCCAUCAGUUGGUUAUGGAAGGGUAUAAAUAUGAAUUUAAUAAAAAAUUAGUGACAGUAUGGUCAGCACCUAAUUAUUGUUAUAGGUGUGGAAAUGAAGGAUGCAUUUUGGUUUUGGAUGAGAAUUUAGAGUAGAGCUUCUAAUUCUUUAAGGAGUCGGCCGAGCCAACUUAAAUGAUCAUUGGUUCAACUGUGUUACCUUAUUUUUUAUGAAUUAAUUAUCGCAAUAUAUUUUAUUCAAUA